UUGGGCGGCCCGCUGCCAGCCGCGGGCUCGGCGCUUCUCGACGGCCGGGGACCUGGUGAGGUGAGCGGCGCGCCCUUGAGGAUCCCGAAUUCGGGAUUUUGCAGGACCUCCCUGUGGACACGAUAUGGCCACAAAACAUCAAACAGUUCAUUCCAAAGUGAAAAAGGGGAAGGGGGAAGGGCUUCCUCUCCACGCCAGAAUCUGGGCAGUUUCUUUGCAAACGGUAAAGAAACUAUCUUAAAGACGGCAGGUUUAAUUGCUUUCCUUUCCUUCGACACCUGUGUGAGAGUACUUGGAGCAGUGACUGCCAUCUGGUGGCAAGCCAGAAUCAUCAUUUGGUGUAACCUAAUGGUUACUAAGAGGCCCACUCUUGACUCACAUGGUAUGCACUGACAGCAGGGCACAAGGAGAGCCUGGAGCUGUCUGAUGAAGGAGCCUAGUGAAAUAACCCUUCACUUCUACCUGAAUCGGUUGUUCAUCCCAGAUUCUGAGCCAGGAGCCAGCUCCAAAAUGGUACCUCUGAAGAAAAGCUUUGAAUGUUUUAGUCAAAGAUCUGCUGGUUACCAACCAGUGGGUAACCAAGACUGUAAAUAAGCGCACACCAAGAGGGGCAUGUGAUGACAUGGAGCCUGAAAUAAACUGCUCUGAAUUGUGUGACAGUUUUCCUGGCCAGGAGCUGGAUCGGAGACCCCUUCAUGAUCUCUGCAGGACAACAAUCACCUCUUCCCACCACGGCAGUAAGACCAGUUCUUCCUUAUCUCCUGUCCUCUUGGGUACUGUUUGGACUUUUCUCAGCUGUGGACUUCUUCUAAUAGUCUUCUUUCUUGGCUUCACAAUUCGCUGCAGGAAGAACAGGAUUGUGAAGAUGUCCAGUCCCAAUCUGAACAUGGUCACCUUACUAGGCAGUUGUAUGACUUACAGUAGCGCUUACCUCUUUGGGAUUCAAGAUAAAAACGCUUCAGUGGGAAGCUCAAUGGAAACUCUCAUUCAGAUAAGACUGUCCAUGCUGUGCAUUGGAACCUCCCUUGUGUUUGGCCCCAUUCUGGGAAAGAGCUGGCGACUCUACAAGGUGUUUACCCAGAGGGUCCCGGACAAGAGAGUGAUAAUCAAAGACCUGCAGCUGCUGGGGUUGGUGGCAGCCCUGGUAAUGACUGAUGUGAUCCUGCUGAUGACGUGGGUACUGACUGAUCCCAUCCAGUGCCUCCAGAUUCUUGGUGUCAGUAUGACGGUGACAGGGAGAGACGUGUCCUGCUCUCUGACCAGCACACACUUCUGUGCUUCCCGAUACUCCGAUGUCUGGAUUGCUCUCGUUUUGGGAUGCAAGGGUCUGCUGCUGCUGUAUGGUGCCUACCUGGCUGGCCUGACGGACCACGUCAGCUCUCCUCCUGUGAAUCAGUCUUUAACCAUCAUGGUUGGGGUCAACCUCGUGGUGCUGGCUGCUGGGCUUCUUUUUGUGGUCACCAGAUACUUGCACUCCUGGCCCAACCUGGUCUUUGGACUCACGUCUGGAGGCAUCUUUGUUUGCACAACCACAAUCAACUGCUUCAUCUUUGUCCCCCAGCUGAAGCAAUGGAAGGCAUUUGAAGAGGAAAACCAAACAAUUAGACGCAUGGCCAAAUAUUUCAGCACUCCCAGCAAGGGCUUCCAUACCCAGUAUGGAGAGGAGCAGAAUUGCCACGCGAGAGGAGAGAAAGACUCCAUGGAAGAACUCCUCACAGAAAAAAAUGCUAUGAUUGAAAGUCUGCAGGAACAAGUCAACAACGCCAAAGAGAAGCUCAUGAGGCUGAUGUCAGCUGAGUGCACCUCUGACCUCCCAGAGUGGGCUGGCCCGCCUGCCUCUUCCCACAGCGAGGACAUCCUGGCUGCGGCCUCCGCCCACAGCCGGGCAGCCCCAGGGCCUUCAGAAUGCCUCUCUGACUCUCAGAAUGAUGCCAGUGUGGCCGCUCAGGACUCCCAGAGUACCUCAGUGCCCUCCUCCAGUGUGCAAAGCCUGGGGGGGCCUGGGAAGGAAGCCACCCCCGCCCCAGGGCAGGAGAACAUUUCUUACUUGAAAGACUUUUCUGAUCAUUUAAAUUUGGGCUGCAGCCAGAAGCCGCAGGCUGAGCAAAGCCAGGGUAUAGAAAGAAGAGACGGGGUGCCCAUGGCCCCCCACUGGAGUCUCACACCAGCUAGGGAAGGUCCUGUUCCCCAGAGACAGGGACAGCUAGGGAACUUAGAGGAGCCCCAAGAGCGGCUGUCCAGAGUCAAUUCAGUGAUCAGGGAGAAGCUUCGGGAAGUCUUACAAGACCUGGGCCUGGGCCCCGAGGCUCCCCUCCCCUCUUCCGCAUCUUGCCCCCAGCAGCCCUGCUCUCCCCAGAAGAUGCCCCUCUCCAAGGAGCUGGGCUUCAGCCCAUACAUGGUGAGGAGAAGGCGGGCAGUACAGCGAGCUCGCUCAUACUUCCUGGGCUCUGCACCCUCCUCUGCGGGGCAUCGGGCAAAUAGGACUGUUUCUGGGCCUCACAGUGGGCUAAAUGUGCAGGAGUCCAGCCCCUACCUGCACUCCCAGACUGCUCAUUCCAGGAUACCAAGACCCUCUUCCAGGAAGCCUUUACUCCUCCCAGAUCCUCAAGGCAAGCCGGGCACCCUGGAGGGCAACAAACUAAGCCAGCCAGAGUGCCCAGGGGCGGGAGGGAGCCGUGUAGCCUUUCCACACCAGGCUUCUGGUUCCAGCCAGGCACCAUGUCCCGUUCCCCGACACCUAUCCAGAGCGUUACCAGACCUGCCUGAACAGUGGCAGCUGCAGCCCCCGGGGUCCCCAGGCUGUCCCUCCCUGUCUUCUCCGUGCAACUACCUUGACACCGAGUCCAGCAGCUCAGACGAGUUCUUCUGCCGCUGCCACCGGCCCUACUGUGAAAUCUGCUUUGAGAGCUCCUCUGAUUCCAGUGACAGUGGCUCGUCAGACACCGACCUUGAGCCUGCUGGCAGGCUGGCUUCCUGGGAAAAGCUGUGGGCCCGCUCGAAGCCUAUCGUGAACUUCAAAGAUGACUUGAAACCCACACUGGUGUGAAAAGCAGCAGAGCAGGCUGGAUAUAGAGGUCAGUCCAGGACAAGCUGUACCAAGGCCUGUGGCCUUCGGGGAACAGACUGGUGCCCUGCGUUUGACCAACCCUUACCGUGUUCCAGCUGUGCUCGCUUGAGCACUGUGUUGCCCUGAGCACUUCUUGACCUAUCAACAGAGGGGUUUUGCCUGUCUUGUUACUACCUCACAGCAUUCCUGUAAAAGACUCCAGUUGCAUGACCAUAAAAGAUACCCUUUGGAUAAAAGGUACUGAAUGAGCACAGAGGGUUUUCUGUCCAGGUCAGCCUGUAUUUUACGAAACUCUUAAUGUAUACCAGAGGGAUGGCUAGGUGGACAGACAGAUCGAGAGAUGGAAGGAAAAUUUCUGCAGAACCAGAGUUGCGCACUGUGCCCCAUCAAACUGGCCUUUUGGUGGAUUGACCUGCUAGAAAGAUGAGUCUCCUACAUCCUUGAGGGUCCCUCUCUUGGCACGGGGUGGUUUUGUUUCUGCUGAAGGUUGUAAACAGCAUCACCCCUAGGUUCCAGUUUCUGGCCAGACUCAGCUCAGAGACACCUCAACACUACCAUUUGGUGUUCGUGUCUUUCCACCUUUAUGGCUCCUCACCAUCAUCCCUGAGACUGUCGGAUCUCCAUGUGCCCACGGCCUACCCAGAUCUCUCUCCUGGGCUCGAUGACACUUGGGGCCCAGACUGUCUCCUGGUCCUGUGGCCCAUCCCUUUGACUCUGCCAGCAGUGCCAUUUUGUAUUGUGGGGACACAGUCUCUGUUGGGGUAGGGAGGCCCUGUUGGUCAAGAGGUGCUUUUGGUGCCAUUGGGGUUACAUGACCACUGACGGCUACAAAAACCGGGAAAUAGAAAAUAAGGAACUAGAAAGGAAGAAAUAGGGGAGAAGAAGGCAGGAAAGAAAACAGGUUUUUGAACAUUUACUUGAAUCUGGCGUGGUACCUGGCAAUGUUCAAUCUCAGUAAUUCCUUAUGACAACCCUGUGAAGUAGACACUCUCUUUCCCACUUUUACAGAUGGGGAACAUGAGGAAUAUGGGGAAUGUGAGGGUUUGAGGACUGAGGUGACUUUCCCAACAUCACGCCGCUAGCUAGUGGCCCAUGUAGGACUUGCCCACAGCUCCUGGGACUCCCAAGUUGGCAGACUUCCCUGGGGACACAUUUCACUCCUUCUGGGAGGGGCAAGCAGGCUUGGCAGACCAGCCAGUAGAGCAGGGGCAGUGUAGGAGAGCUGAGGGGCACUCAGCCUGCAGUCCAGGGUAACAAAUCUGGGUUCCUUGCCUCCGGAAGCAGCCCUCCACUGCCUCACAGCCUCAGGGGCCCGCCCGCACCUCUCAGGGGAGCCAGGGAGGGGGGGAAGGAUGAGUGACAGGACCUCAUCUGCCGCCAGAGCCACAGGGAAAGCACAGCUGGGUCCACGUCACUUGUUGCUGAGCUGGUUGUUGUUUACAGGCCAUCCCCUGCCACCUCCUCUGUGUGUGUGUCUGUGUGUGUACAGGUUUGUGUGCAGGAGUUUGGGCCUCAUUAGAUAUGCUUGGAGGGGCCAUUUGAUUCCAAAUGCCUCACAGAAGACUUAUCAUGGACUCUCGGGGGCUGCCGACACCUCAUGAAUCUCACACUGGACUGGGAGGCCCUCCCGGUAGCAUAGCUUCUUCUAUUGUUUAAUUUUAAAUGCAGAUGUCGUAAUUUAUUCUGUGUGUGGGUUUGCAGUUUCUGCAUGUGCUGUUCGUGUGCGGUCCAAGUGAUGCCUUAAUAAAAGAGA